AUGAAGAGGGGUAGCCAGAUGAAGAGGGGUAGCCAGAUGAAAAGGGGUAGCCAGAUGAAGAGGGGUAGCCAGAUGAAGAGGGGUAGCCAGAUGAAGAGGGGUAGCCAGAUGAAGAGGGGUAGCCAGAGGAAGAGGGGUAGCCAGAUGAAGAGGGGUAGCCAGAUGAAGAGGGGUAACCAGAUGAAGAGGGGUAACCAGAGGAAGAGGGGUAGCCAGAUGAAGAGGGGUAGCCAGAGGAAGAGGGGCAGCCAAAGGAAGAGGGGUAGCCAGAUGAAGAGGGGUAGCCAGAUGAAGAGGGGCAGCCAGAUGAAGAGGGGUAGCCAGAUGAAGAGGGGUAGCCAGAUGAAGAGGGGCAGCCAGAUGAAGAGGGGUAGCCAGAUGAAGAGGGGUAGCCAGAUGAAAAGGGGUAGCCAGAUGAAGAGGGGUAGCCAGAUGAAGAGGGGUAGCCAGAUGAAGAGGGGUAGCCAGAUGAAGAGGGGUAGCUAG